ACCAUUAAGAGAUCGCCGUGUAGCUAAAAGUCAGUUUUGAGUUUAUAGAAAGAUAUUUUUUAGUGAAACGUCAGGCGUAACGCGUUCGUCGAGGCGCCAUAUUCAAACAUGGCAGAUAAAAUACGGCGAGAAAAAAAUGGUCCCACGAUGAAGACAUCCAAAGCGCUCCAGUCGAAUCAUGCCCCCGAAGAAUGCGGUGUGUGGUUGGACACCGUGGAGCUCAAAGGAAAAGCUAAGCAGAAAAAAACAGCCCGGUCCAUCUCCAAGAUGCUUAACCCGCUGGCAAAAGGUGCUGGUUACAGCGUGGCCGUGGUGUUCAACUUCACGCAGACCAGGACGGAGAUGCCGAGGACUAGACAGAGCUCCAUUUCCAGCUUCUUUUCGCCUCGUUGUAAAGACAAAAUGGAAACGGGCGGCGCCGUUCGAGACCGGAACGACGAGCGCGGCAUCCGCUGCGAAGUCCGAGAAGAGCAACCAGAGGAGGUGCGACAAGACGUGCACCGAGAAGAGUGUCCGGACGAGUUGGAACAGAAAGUCCGCCGAGUACGAGAAGAACAACCGGAAAAGGUGGACCGCGGCCAAGGAUCCGUUGUCAAAACGAACCAAACAGCCGAGGACUUUUGCGAGUUUGAUCUAAGCGAAAAGCUCUUUCAGACGGAGGCAGAAGGCAAAACCUCCACCCAGAAACCAUUUCAAAUUGUUCGCCCUCGUCAUAAAGAUGACGACAAAGAAAACGGCUUCUUACCGGGGUCGUUUUCCCCCCCGAAGAAGCGACCUCGGCAGCGUGACCGCGAGGACAGCCUCGCCCCGAUGUUCACCCAGGACUCUGACGGCUUUCGGGUGAUCGCGCACCGAUUUCGGAGAAGUCCUCUCAAAAAACGCGACGGCGUCAAUACUUGCGCAAAGUCGAAACCCGCAAAGACUUUAUUUGACGCCGAGGACGCGCUAUUCACGCAAGACUCUCAGGGAAAUCUGGUGAUUAAACACUGACGCAAGGGGAAAAGCGCAACGUUUUUAUUCGUAAAAAGACAUCGUUUGGGUUACAAUAAAGGUUUUCAAUCACGACA